GUUUUGUAUUUACCCCGUUACGCGAUUGCGCUUUAUAGAAAUCAAUGUCAGUGGAAAUAAAAAACAUUUACAAAUAAUAGAUUGCGCCUCUUAAAAGAAUAUUUUCAUUUUGAUGUGAAAACCUAUAUUUUUGUUUUUGACAAAUUAUUAACAAAUAAAAACAGAUAAAAAAUAGUAAAUCCGAAACUUGGAAGUAUGAGAACUAUUACUAAAGUUAAGUGCAGUUAAUGUUAUUCGCAAGUAAAUGUUAUAUGUGCAAGUAUAUACAUACAUAUAUGUUAGUAGAUUCAUUGAAACAACCUUAUCUUACAAUUGCAUUAUUAAUUGAGAUAAAAACUAACAAAGUGGCAAAAGAGGAAAUAAUUUUAUAAAUCAAUAGUAUCCAAUUACCAUUUUGUAAAAAAUAAGUGGCAGUUUAACAAGUUCGCUAAAUCAUCGAUUUUAUGUGAUUUCAUUUGCUAUACCUCUACAAAUCAGCAGGAUGGGCACAGUAUUAAGUUUUAAUCCAAGAGAACGUCAUCCAUUUUAUUCAUCGCAAUCUAGCAUUCAAUAUAAUCAGCAGUCUGACAUUCGAAAUGAAUACAUACUUGAAGGCCCAUGCUUAAUGGACUCACAUUUAAAUAAUUUUUGUUAUGAGCAGUUGAAUAACGCAAAAAAUCAAGAAUCUAAACAAAGCAUUCGUGCUCCACUUGCCAAAAAUGGGUGUGGAAGAAUAAAUUUGGGCAACCAAAGUCACAUGACUAGUUAUAGUUUCAAUAAAUUGAAAGACACUAAGGAUGCAAUUAAUAAUGACCUAGAUUCACAUAAUGAAAAUGCUGCUCUUUUUACAGGAAAAAAUACUAUAGAAAAAAGUAUGAAAAAGCAUUCAAUUUUUAUUAGUGCAUUAUCUUGGAAAAAACUGGCUGCAUCUCACAAUAAAAAGAAAAUUGAAAAUAAAACCAAAUGCGGGAAUAUACCUCCAGGCUGUUUUAAAACUCAUUCCUUAGAUCCAGCCAGCACAUCGUAUACGGAUAAAAAUAAAAACGUCCGUUUGAAUUUUAACCAUAUUAACGACAGCCAACUUAUAACUUCGAAUCAAGACGACUCUCAUUCAUGUAAUACUCUCUUUUCAAACUCAAGAAAUAAAAGACAAAUAACAUCACAGGACCUUGUUAGAAUAAAUACCACUAAUUUUAAUAAACACAACAAAUUGAUUCAAAAAGAGCCGCUGGCUUUAUCGUUACCGCCGCAAUCAAACACAGUUCAAAACAAGAACAUUCCGAGGAAAACGGUAAUUCAGGCGUCAACUUCAGAGCUAUUGAAGUGCUUAGGACUAUUUCUACACUACCGAUGUAAAAAAUUGAAAACCUUCGAAGCAGGUGAUGCUGUUAUGUGGUUAAGAGCUGUUGACAGGAGCCUUUUACUUCAAGGCUGGCAAGACGUAGCAUUUAUAAAUCCAGCAAAUGUCGUUUUUGUGUACAUGUUAAUACGGGAACUGGUAGAUGGCGAAGAAACCAAAGAAUCGGAACUACAGGCAUCUGUACUUACGUGUUUAUAUUUAUCAUAUUCUUACAUGGGCAAUGAAAUAAGCUACCCACUUAAACCAUUCCUCGUUGAAGACUCAAAGGAAAAGUUUUGGGAGAG